CAGGUCACCACAAUGACGUCAGUUCCUCAUGACGAUGAUGACCAAAAUGGCGGUGCGCAGAUAGAAGUUUUUCGUCUGCUAGCUGUGCUAGUAUUUUUUCGACCAACUUCGCGUUUUAAAACAAACCGUCAAGAAACCACGUUAUUUUCCUGGUAACCAAAGCCCUCAGAAUGCUGGAAAGCAUUUCAUGUACGGUUGUUUGAAACACUGGGCAGCAGUAUUUCUGUCUUUAUUUUAUCGAAGACUUUACUUCCGGGUUUGUCAGCCUGUACAAGAUGCCGACCAUGCAGGUUUUCGUCCGCUUCAACUCGCACCACAGCUUCCCCGUAGACGUGGACUCGUCCUGGAGCGUCCUGCAGCUGAAGGAGGUGUUGGCGGCCCGACAGCAGGUCCCGCCCGCCGAGAUCAGGAUCAUCUUCGCGGGGAGAGAGCUCAGGGAUUCAUUCAUCAUCGGGGAGUGUGACCUAGCCAGUCACAGUAUUGUCCAUGUGGUCCGAGGUCGGCCUCAGCUGUCUGUGGAGGCUCAGGUCUCCUCCAGCAGUUCCCAGGAGCCCCAGUCUCUCACCAGGGUGGACCUGAACCCACAGGAAGAUGGAGCCUCAGCAUCCAACACCUCACAUGGGGCAGCCCACAGACAUCCUCACUUCUUUGUGUACUGUAAGCAGCAGUGUAAGGACGUCCAGCCUGGUAAACUCAGGGUCUCGUGCGCCACCUGCAAACAGGGAACUCUUACUCUCAACAGGGGCCCUGGCAGUUGGGAUGACGUGCUGUUGCCAGGGCGGAUCCAGGGGAGAUGUCAAUCACAGGGUUGCCAAGGAACAGUUGCUGAGUUCUACUUCAAGUGUGCUGCCCACCCUACACAGGAGGAGGAUACUGCAGCGGCCCUGUACAUGAUCAAGAGUAACACACAGGACGUACCAUGUAUGGUAUGUGAGGAAGUCAGCACCCCACUGAUAUUGUUUGAGUGUGAGGAUGCCCAUACCUCCUGUCUGGACUGUUUCCACACCUACUGUACCACCAGGCUGAAUGACAGACAGUUUGUCCAAGAUGCUACCUUGGGGUACACACUGCCUUGUCCAGCUGAAUGUGAAGAUUCCCUGAUAAAAGAAGUUCAUCAUUUUAGGGUCCUGGGAGAUGAACAGUACGAGCGUUACCAGAGGUUUGGUACGGAGGAGUGUGUUCUGCAAAUGGGCGGGGUGCUGUGCCCGGGGCGGGGCUGUGGGGCGGGGCUGCUGCCGGAGGGGGAAACCAGGAGGGUGGAGUGUGUGAGACAGGGAGCACAGGGGUGUGGGCUUGUUUUCUGCAAAGACUGCCUUGAACCUUUCCACCAGGGGGAGUGCAGGCCACAGAUGGAACAGCUUUUUGGAGCCGAGAAUAGGAUUGCAGUAGACCCUGAGAGUGCCUUGAGGUCUCGGUGGGAGCGAGAGUCAGAAGAGACAGUCAGGCAAACCACAAAACCCUGUCCUAACUGCAAGGCACCUGUGGAAAAAAAUGGCGGAUGCAUGCACAUGACGUGCCCCAGGGCACAGUGCCGCUACGAGUGGUGCUGGCUGUGUGAGACGGCCUGGAAUAGAGACUGCCAGGGAGACCACUGGUUCGGCUGAACAACACAGGACCAAUCAGUACAUCUCUACUAUCCCUGUUAGGCAAAGAAGACCACAUCUUAUAGAUGGAUGACAUCUGCAUGGACAUUGGUUUUACAGUGUAAUUAGAUUUAAAAAUAAAAGUUCUGAUGUCAAAACAAAGCAAUGGGUUAAUAUGGGCUUUGUUUUACAGUUUUCCAUAGGAGAAUGAAAGCAUCAAGCCACACAAAUAUACCAGUUUAAAGCUCUGAUUUUAAGCUGAAUUUUUUAAACUGCUAUUAGAGUUGAAUUGUUGUCAAUUGAGUCUUCCAAACCGUCAUAAUAUUGAUAUUUUUCUUUAAGUUUAACCUUAAUCUUACAAAGGAAGGUACAUUUGUAUUAUACUUUAUUAUUGAUCGCAAGUCUUGUCGGUAAAGAAAAGGAUAAGCCAUUAUGACAAAUGUAUUGUUGGACUAGUUGAGAAAUAUUGGUCAGAAUCCUAUGCAAACAACAGUGUAGAAUCUUGCUGCAAAGAGUACAAAAUGAUCAUGUUGCCAAAAUAAACAAAUAUCAAAUAGA